UGCGCCGCGCACGGACGGGCUUGGGCUCUCUCGCCCCAUCGCCCGCCCGACCGCGCCCCUGGCCCGCCUCGGCGCCCAGCAGUACCCGGCGCCAGGCCACCGUUCCCGCUGCCGGGCGAGCCGGAGCCAGAGCCACGGUGGGAGCCGGUGCUGGGUGGGCCGGGGGCGCGGGCCGGCUCUGGGCUGGGUUCGUAGUGACCGUGCUGCCCGUGCGAUGCCCGCGGGGACGCCGCCGGCCGCCCGAGCGAGGUGCUGCUCGCCGCCACCAUGACCGAGGACGUGCCGGCUGCCGACGAGGUUCGGGUGCCCCUGGGCGCGCCGCCCUCUGGCCUUGCGGCGGGGACAUCCCCCUCGAGCCCUGGGGCUCCCGGGAGCUCUGCAGAGCGGGGUUCCGGGCCCAGCACGUCGCCCCCCGAGAGCCCGGCUGCCGAGCGCGGCGCGGUGCUGGGCGCCGGCGAGGAACAGCCCGUCCCGUACCCGGCGCUGGCGGCCACAGUCUUCUUCUGCCUCGGGCAGACCACGCGGCCGCGCAGCUGGUGCCUGCGCCUAGUCUGCAGCCCAUGGUUCGAGCACGUCAGCAUGCUGGUCAUCAUGCUCAACUGUGUGACCCUGGGCAUGUUCCGGCCCUGUGAGGACGUCGCCUGCCGCUCUGAGCGCUGCAGCAUCUUGGAGGCCUUUGAUGACUUCAUCUUUGCCUUCUUUGCUGUGGAGAUGGUUAUCAAGAUGGUAGCCCUCGGGCUGUUUGGGCAGAAGUGCUAUCUAGGUGAUACCUGGAACAGGCUGGACUUCUUCAUUGUCAUGGCUGGCAUGAUGGAGUAUUCCCUGGACGGACACAACGUGAGCCUCUCAGCCAUCCGCACUGUGCGCGUGCUACGGCCACUCCGUGCCAUCAACCGUGUGCCAAGCAUGCGGAUCCUGGUUACCCUGCUCCUGGACACGCUGCCCAUGCUUGGGAACGUCCUUCUGCUCUGCUUCUUUGUCUUCUUCAUCUUCGGCAUUGUGGGUGUGCAGCUCUGGGCCGGCCUGCUGAGGAACCGCUGCUUCCUGGAUAGCACUUUUGUCAGGAACAACAACCUGACCUUCCUGAGGCCAUACUACCAGCCAGAGGAGGGCGAGGAAAACCCCUUCAUCUGCUCCUCACGCCGUGACAAUGGCAUGCAGAAGUGCUCACAUAUCCCUAGUCGCCGUGAGCUGCGUAUGCAGUGUACGUUAGGCUGGGAGGCAUAUGGGCAGCCACCAGCUGAGGCUGCAGGUGCUGGCCGCAAUGGCUGCAUCAACUGGAACCAGUACUACAAUGUCUGCCGGUCAGGGGACUCCAACCCCCACAAUGGCGCUAUCAGCUUCGACAACAUCGGCUAUGCUUGGAUCGCCAUCUUCCAGGUGAUCACACUGGAGGGCUGGGUAGACAUCAUGUACUAUGUCAUGGACGCCCACUCGUUUUAUAACUUCAUCUACUUCAUCCUGCUCAUCAUCGUGGGGUCCUUCUUCAUGAUCAACCUGUGCCUGGUGGUGAUUGCCACUCAGUUCUCGGAGACCAAGCAGCGGGAGAACCAGCUGAUGCGGGAGCAGCGUGCCCGCUACCUGUCCAAUGACAGCACACUGGCCAGCUUCUCGGAGCCAGGCAGUUGCUACGAGGAGCUGCUCAAGUACAUGGGCCAUGUCUUCCGCAAGGUCAAGCGCCGUAGCCUGCGCCUCUAUGCCCGCUGGCAGAGCCGCUGGCAUAAGAAGGCAGACCCCAGUGCCACCCUGCAUGGCCAGGGUCCCAGGCAGCGGCAACGACAGGCAGGCAGGCGCGCAGCUUCUGUGCACCACCUGGUCUACCAUCACCACCACCACCACCACCACCACUACCACUUCAGCCAUGGUGGCCCUCGCAGACCCAACCCUGACCCCAGUGACACCAGGCUGAUCCGGGCUGGUAUACCUUCCUGCCCACCCUCCCCAGGGCAGGGGCCGCCCAACUCCGAGUCUGUGCACAGUAUCUAUCAUGCAGACUGCCACGUGGAAGGGCCCCAGGAGAGGGCACGGGUGGCCCAUGCUGCAACCACAGCCAGCCUCAAGCUAGCCUCGGGACUGGGAACCAUGAACUACCCUACCAUCUUGCCCUCGGGCAUGGGCAAAAGCAGCACCAGCAAAGGCAGCACCAGCCCCAGGUCCAAGGGAAAACGGAAUGCUGGAAACCCGGGGGCCGCAGGGCACAGCCCCCUGAGCCUGGGCAGCCCUGACCCCUAUGAGAAGAUCCAGCAUGCAGUUGGGGAACACGGCCUGGGCCGGGCCCCCAGUCACUUGUCAGGCCUGAAUGUGCCCUGCUCCCUGCCAAGCCCCCCUGCGGGCACACUCACCUGUGCAUUGAAGAGCUGCCCGUACUGUGCCAACGCCUUGGAGGACCCCGAGUUUGAGUUCAGUGGCUCAGAGAGUGGGGACUCGGAUGUCCACGGGGUCUAUGAAUUCACACAGGAUGUGCGGCGUGAUGACUGCCGGGACUCCAUGCAGCUGCCCUCAGCAGUGGAUGUGCCUAACCAGGGCAGUGUGCGGAGACCACAGGGUCAGGCAGCCUCUUGUGAGCCAGGUGGACUGGGCCAGCUCUGGGCCUCCUUCAGUGGCAAGCUGCGCCGCAUUGUGGACAGCAAGUACUUCAACCGUGGCAUCAUGGUGGCCAUCCUCGUUAACACGCUGAGCAUGGGCGUCGAGUACCACGAGCAGCCUGAUGAGCUGACCAAUGCACUAGAGAUCAGCAACAUCGUGUUCACCAGCAUGUUUGCCCUGGAAAUGCUGCUGAAGCUGCUGGCUUGCGGCCCACUGGGCUACAUCCGGAACCCCUACAACAUCUUCGAUGGUAUCAUUGUGGUCAUCAGUGUCUGGGAGAUCGUGGGGCAGGCAGAUGGUGGGCUGUCAGUGCUGCGUACCUUCCGGCUGCUGAGGGUGCUGAAGCUGGUGCGGUUCCUGCCUGCACUGAGGCGGCAGCUCGUGGUGCUCAUGAAGACCAUGGACAAUGUGGCCACUUUCUGCAUGCUGCUCAUGCUGUUCAUCUUCAUCUUCAGUAUCCUAGGUAUGCACCUUUUUGGCUGCAAGUUCAGCCUGAAGACAGACACAGGGGACACCGUACCUGAUAGGAAAAAUUUCGACUCCCUGCUGUGGGCCAUUGUCACCGUGUUCCAGAUCCUAACACAGGAGGACUGGAAUGUGGUCCUGUACAACGGCAUGGCCUCUACCUCCUCCUGGGCUGCCCUCUACUUCGUGGCCCUGAUGACCUUCGGGAACUAUGUCCUCUUCAACCUGCUGGUGGCCAUCCUGGUGGAGGGCUUCCAGGCAGAGGGUGAUGCGAACAGGUCAGACACAGAUGAAGACAAGACAUCUACGCGCUUUGAGGAGGAUUUUGACAAGUUGAGAGACCUGCAAGCCACAGCAGAGAUGAAGAUGUACUCACUGGCAGUGACCCCCAAUGGGCAUCUGGAAAGCCGGGGCAGCCUACCCCCUCCGCUCAUCAUGCACACAGCUGCCACACCCAUGCCCACUCCCCGGAGCUCACCACACCUGGAUGCAGCCCACGGCCUCCUGGACUCACGGCGCAGCAGCAGUGGCUCCGUGGACCCCCAGUUGGGAGACCAGAGGUCACUGGCCAGCCUGCGCAGCUCACCCUGUACCCACUGGGGCCCCAACAGCGCCUGGAGCAGCCGACGCUCAAGCUGGAACAGCCUGGGCCGUGCACCCAGCCUCAAGCGCCGCAGCCAGUGUGGGGAACGUGAGUCGCUGCUGUCCGGUGAGGGCAAGGGCAGCACAGAUGACGAGGCUGAGGACAGCAGGCUGGGCAUGGUGACCCGCCCACUGCGGCGUGCUGAAUCCUUGGACCACCGCAGCACUCUGGACCUGCGGCCCCCACGGCUGGCCACCCUCCUGCCUGCCAAGCUCCAUGACUGCCCUGGGCAGACAGUGGCCCUGCCCAGCGAGUUCUUCCUGCGCAUUGACAGCCACAGGGAAGAGACAGCUGACCUUGAGGAUGAUGUGGAGGACAGCUGCUGCUUCCGCCUACGCAAGGUGCUGGAGCCUUACACGCCCCAGUGGUGCCGCAAUCGAGAGUCCUGGGCCCUAUACCUCUUCUCCCCGCAGAACAGGCUGCGCGCCUUCUGCCAGAAAGUCAUCGCACACAAGAUGUUUGACCAUGUGGUCCUCCUCUUCAUCUUCCUCAACUGCAUCACCAUAGCCCUAGAGAGGCCGGACAUCGACCCCAGCAGCACUGAACGAGCCUUCCUCAGCGUUUCCAACUACAUCUUCACAGCCAUCUUCGUGGCCGAGAUGAUGGUGAAGGUGGUAGCCCUAGGCCUGUUGUGGGGAGAGCAUGCAUACCUGCAGAGCAGCUGGAAUGUGCUAGAUGGGCUGCUGGUCCUGGUGUCCCUGGUUGACAUCGUAGUGGCCAUGGCCUCAGCUGGUGGUGCCAAGAUUCUAGGCAUUCUGCGUGUGCUGCGGCUGCUGCGGACCCUGCGGCCUCUGAGGGUCAUCAGCCGGGCUCCAGGCCUCAAACUGGUGGUGGAGACUCUCAUAUCGUCUCUCAGGCCCAUUGGGAACAUCGUCCUCAUUUGCUGUGCCUUCUUCAUCAUCUUUGGCAUCCUGGGAGUGCAGCUCUUCAAGGGGAAGUUCUACUUCUGUGAGGGCGCCGACACCAGGAAUAUCUCCACCAAGGCCGAGUGCCGGGCUGCCCACUACCGCUGGGUGCGGCGCAAAUAUAACUUUGAUAACCUGGGCCAGGCGUUGAUGUCCCUAUUCGUGCUGUCAUCCAAGGAUGGCUGGGUGAACAUCAUGUAUGAUGGGCUGGAUGCUGUGGGCAUUGACCAACAGCCUGUGCAGAACCAUAACCCCUGGAUGCUGCUGUACUUCAUCUCCUUCCUGCUCAUCGUCAGCUUCUUUGUGCUCAACAUGUUCGUGGGUGUUGUGGUAGAGAACUUCCACAAGUGCCGGCAGCACCAGGAGGCUGAGGAGGCUCGGAGACGGGAGGAGAAGCGGCUGCGGAGGAUGGAGAGGAAGCGCAGGAGUAAGGCGCCCAGGGUGGCAGAGGCGGAGGCUCAGCGCCGACCCUACUACGCCGACUACUCUCAUACACGUCGCUCCAUCCACACACUGUGCACCAGCCACUACCUGGACCUCUUCAUCACCUUUAUCAUCGGCCUCAAUGUCAUCACCAUGUCCAUGGAGCACUACAACCAGCCCAAGUCACUGGACGAGGCCCUCAAGUACUGCAACUACGUGUUCACCAUCGUCUUUGUCUUUGAGGCCGCGCUAAAACUGGUGGCCUUUGGGUUCCGGAGGUUCUUCAAGGACAGGUGGAACCAGCUGGACCUGGCCAUUGUCCUGCUGUCUAUCAUGGGCAUUGCACUGGAGGAGAUCGAGAUGAACGCUGCACUGCCCAUCAACCCCACCAUCAUCCGUAUCAUGCGUGUGCUCCGCAUCGCCCGCGUGCUGAAGCUGCUCAAGAUGGCCACGGGCAUGCGGGCCCUGCUGGACACCGUGGUGCAAGCCCUGCCCCAGGUAGGGAACCUUGGUCUUCUUUUCAUGCUCCUGUUUUUUAUCUAUGCUGCCCUGGGAGUGGAGCUGUUCGGGAGGCUUGAGUGCAGCGAGGACAACCCCUGUGAGGGCCUGAGCCGGCACGCCACCUUCUCCAACUUUGGCAUGGCAUUCCUCACACUCUUCCGCGUGUCCACUGGUGACAACUGGAAUGGCAUCAUGAAGGACACACUGCGUGAGUGUGCCCGCGAGGACAAGCACUGCCUCAGCUACCUGCCAGCGCUCUCGCCCAUCUACUUCGUCACCUUUGUGCUGGUGGCCCAGUUUGUGCUGGUCAACGUUGUGGUGGCUGUGCUCAUGAAACACCUGGAGGAGAGCAACAAGGAGGCCCGUGAGGAUGCCGAGAUGGAUGCAGAGGUUGAGUUAGAGCUGGCACAGGAGGCCCCAGCACAGCCCCUGUCCGGGGCACAGGACAGCCCAGGCUGUGAGCCAGAUGCCCCGAACCUCCUGGUCGUACGCAAGGUGUCCGUGUCCAGGAUGUUGUCGCUGCCCAGUGACAGCUACAUGUUCCGGCCCGUGGCACCUGCUGCAGCUCCCCACCCACUUCAGGAAGUGGAGAUGGAGACCUACUCAGGUCCCUCUUCAGGCCCAGCCACCUCUGCUCACUCUCCACCCCUGGAGCCCUGUGCCUCCCUCCAGGUUCCACCAGCGACAUCCUCCCCAGCCAAGGGCAGUGACCCCCAGUGUGCUCCGCCCCCUCGGGGUGCAUCCCGCUCCCCCAGCCUUGGCCGGCUGCUGUGCAGACAGGAGGCUGUGCGUACCGAGUCUCUGGAAGGGCAGAUUGACGGCCCUGGGGACAGCGGCCCGGACUCCACAGGGUCUGUAGAAAAGACCCCAGUGAGGCAGGCGUCCCUGGGGGGCUCCCUGAAGUCCCCAUCCCGCUCCCCAUGGCCUGCCAGUGUUCGCACCCGCAAGCACACCUUUGGACAGCGCUGCGUCUCUAGCCGGCUCCUGGCCUCUGGCGGAGAUGAGGCCGAAGCUGCAGAUCCAGCAGAUGAGGAAGUGAGACACAUCACCAGCUCCGCUCACCCGUGGCCUGCGGCUGAGCCCCAUAGCCCUGAGGCCUCCCCUGUGGCCUCCCCCGCAGCCCAAGGGGUGUCAGGCAGCGGGCAGGACCUGCAUAGGCUCUGUGAUCUGGACGCCCAGGGCUUCCUGGACAUGCCAGGUCGGGCAGACACACACAGGUGGCCCUCGGUGGAGCUGGGUAGUGGUGAUGGCCACCUAGAGCCAGAGGAAGUAAAGGCCCGGGUUCCAGAGCUCGAACCAGCCCUGGGGGCACGCAGAAAGAAGAAGAUGAGCCCUCCCUGCAUCUCCGUGGACCCCCCUGCAGAGGAUGAGGGCUCUGCACGGCCCCCGGUGGCAGAAGGCAGCAGCACCCUCCGGCGCAGAACCCCGUCCUGUGAGGCUGCACCCCACAGGGACUGCCUAGAGCCCAUGGAGGGCACUGGAGGGGACCCCACUGCCAAGGGGGAUCGGUGGGGCCAGGGCUCCUGCCGGGCAGAGCACUUGACUGUCCCCAGCUUUGCCUUCGAGCCACUAAACAUGGGGAGCCCUAGUGAGAUCCCCUUCUUGGACAGCAGUCAGAGUGUGACCCCAGAACCCAGAGUUUCCUCCUCAGGGGCCACAGUGCCUCUGGAUGCCCAUGAAACAGAGCUUUCUGUACCCUUUGUGGAUCCCCCAGAGAGGGGGCGGGGACUGUACCUUAUGGUUCCCCAGACCUCCCUGAAGAAACCGGGUUCCCCCCCAGCCACCCCUGCCCCCGGUGACAAUGCAGAUGAGCCCGUGUAGCUCAGACUCAAAGUAUACAGGGCUUUGCACGGGGUUAGGGCCACCCUGUGGGGCAGUGGCCUCAGACAGGCAGAGAGUGGACCCUGGCUCAGGCCCCACGAUGGGUAGAGGGCCAGGAGGACAGCCCAGGAGAGACAGGUGGAUGCAUUCUGUGCACCAUGUUGUGGGAGUCAUCGCCCAUGACAUCUGUCCCAUCCACUGGGUCAGUUCAGGUCUGAGUUUUGCCGCUGCCACCAUCUGGCCAUGUAGGGCCUAUCAGCAGGCUGGUGACAAGAUGCUGUAUCUGUGGGAAAGGGCACCACAGCACUGUCCCCACACUCCACUGUUAUAGGGAGCACACGCUUGAGCCUCAGGCCCUCAGCAACAGGCUCGGUCCCCAAGGCCACCAUGGCCAGUGUCACCUCUGCUCACAGUCUGAGUCCCCAUAUAUCACCCUCCGCACUUCCCUCUCCCGUGGCACCUCUUCACAUCAGCUCGGGGGUUCUAGGCGCAUCCUGUGACUCUGGGAAGGCCACCUCACCAGGGCGUUGUGACCUGCGCAAUAAGACGCCCUGGCCCCAUUCUAAUGGCGCCGCCCAGCUGUCCAGCCCUGUGGCCUGGAGACUGAGCCCUCUGUUCCGUUCUGUUCUGUUCCCUUUGUCUUAUAAAUUCAGGUUACAUGUUGCAAUAAUCUGAUGCAGAAAACUCAGCUUCUUAAGGAAAAGGGGAGGGAAGGGGCAAAGCAGAAUAAAUACUAACUUAUUUAAGAAAUACA